GGAAAUGACAGUGAGACGGAAGAUUUCUCAGCAGCUGAUUUUCCUGCUUUUUCUCUGAGAGAAAACGACAUCCGUGACUUCUAAACAGACAUGGCCUCAGCAAACAUUUCCCGAUCCGAAGACCAGUUUUUGUGCUCAAUCUGUCUGGAUGUUUUCAACGAACCCGUCUCCACUCCCUGCGGACACAACUACUGCAAGGGCUGCAUCUCAGGCUACUGGGCCUCCAGUGACUUCAGCCAGUGUCCGCUGUGCAACGAGACCUUCCAAAGAGCCCCCGAGUUGCAAGUCAACACUGAUUUCAGAGACAUGUUGGAGCUUUUCAAGAGGUCGAGAGUUUCCCGUGACGACAGCGGUUCCCCAGCCGGGCCUGGGGAGGUGCCCUGCGACCUGUGCCAUGGCAUGAAGCGUAAGGCUGUGAAAUCCUGCCUGAAUUGUUUGGUCUCUUACUGCAAUGCUCACCUGGAGCCACAUCGCACGGUUCAGGCCUUUAAAAGGCACGAGCUGAUCAGCCCCGUGGAGACCCUCGAGGACAGGUUGUGCAAGAAACACAACAAGGCGAUGGAGUUUUUCUGCAGGGAAGACCAGAGCUGUGUUUGCUUUGUGUGCUUGAGGGAAGACCAUGUAACGCACAAAGCCGUCUCUUUAGAGGAAGAGUUUAAGGAGCGGAAAACUACGCUCAAGUGUGCGAAAAGGCAAGUCAAGCACGCCGUAAACGAGAAAUGCAACAUGGUUACGAGGAUUCAGAACUCGAUGGUGCAAGGCCGUCAGGAAGUGGACAGAACGAAGGCAGAAACUGAUAAGGCCGUCGCCGCUUUGGUGGCUUCGAUUGAGACCAAAAAGGUGAAAUUGAUGAAGCUGUUGGAGGAGAAGCAGAAAGCAGCCGAGCAGCAGGCUCAAGCACUCAUCAAACGACUGCAGCUGGAGAUCGCGUCGCACAAUCGGACGUCUACGGAGCUCGAAGAGCUCUCGAGGACAGAAGACGACUUUAAACUCCUCCAGGACCUCCCAUCCGUCUCCUCCCCUUCAAACGCAACACUCAAAACUAGCUUCACGGUCCAAAGUCUCCUGCAGAUAGAGACGGUGAAGAGUGCGGUGGCCAAGAUAGAGGAGACGCUCAACCAACAGAUGGAGAACAUUAUCAACGAAGUCAAUCUGGCGACGGAGGAACGGAUGCAAACCCAAACGGAGAAUGUGUUUGACGAUGAGCUCGGGAAAAUCCAGGAGCAGUAUGCAAUAGAAGUGACUCUGGACCCGGACACAGCACACCCCUCCCUUAUCGUCUCAGAGGACAGGAAACAAGUGAGCGAUGGAGGCGCAAAGAGGAACCUCCCCGACAACCCCACGAGGUUUGACUCCCUCCAUUUCGUCCGUGGAAGUGAGGGGUUUUCCUCCGGCAAGUUCUACUACGAAGUAACGCUCAAAGGACAAACGGGAUGGGAAGUCGGAGUGGUAAGAGAGUCCAUCAGUCAUAAGGGCGUUGAUUUGUCCCUCAGUCCUGAGAACGGAUGCUGGACAUUGGGGUUGUAUUGGGGCCAACUCCAGGCUAACGCAAAUCCCGCUGUCAUGCUGCCCUCGAUUAAAGAGCUCCAGAAGAUUGGCGUGUUUGUGGAUUACGAAGGAGCGUUGGUUUCUUUCUAUGACGUAGAUACUAGGGCUCUGGUCUACUCCUUUACAGGAUGUGUCUUCGCUGCAAGUGUAACACUUCUGAGGAGUUUUAUACCGUUCAGGUCAAAGACCAGGAUCUACCCGCUGUUCAGACCCAGCGCUAUGGAGGGGAGCGCUCUCCUGCAGAUCUCGCCUGUCAAAUGUGCAAAAGGAAAGUAGUAAUCUAGUCAAACUCGAGCCCUACUCGCACAGAGAAGGUUAAAGUGGCUAUAUUAUGCUCAUUUUCAGGUUCAUAAUUGUGUCGUGGGUGGGCUUUCGGUUCUG